UUCCGGUUGGCGGCAGCGGCGGCGGGAGCGGGAGCCGGAGCCGGAGCCGGAGCGGGCCGGGGGCAGCGGGGCCGAGCCGGGCCGGGGCCGCGCCGGGAUGGCGGUGGACGUUCGGCGCUUGGAGGCGUUGAGCCUGCAGGAGCUCAGCGCGCUGCUGGACGACGAGGAGCAGCUCCAGGGCAUGGCCCGCGAGAUGGAAGAGGCCCAAAAUGUUCAACACAGCAAGGACAUGACUCUGGCCAGCAACCGUAGCCUGGCAGAAGGCAAUCUCUUGUACCAGCCAAAGUUGGAGUCUUUGAAAUCAAACUUGACUGAAAAGUAUCGAGAGCUGCAAGUUUUUUUUGAAGCAUACCAGAUAAAGAAAACAAAGCUAGACAGACAAUCCAGUAAUGCUUCAUUGGAGACACUGCUCGCACUGCUGCAGACAGAGGGGGCUAAGAUUGAGGAAGACACAGAGAAUAUGGCAGAAAGAUUUCUUGAUGGUGAAAUCCCACUGGAUUCCUUCAUUGACGAGUACCAGAGCAAGCGUAAACUGGCUCACCUGCGACGUGUGAAGAUUGAGAAGCUCCAAGAAAUGGUGCUGAAGGGACAGAGACUUCCCCAGGCUCAGCCCCAGGCUCAGCCCAGGGCACCCGAGACAACACCAGCACCUCAAGAUUCCUACACUUCGGAUGCAAACACUCCUCCUUCAGUUGUGCCCCGACGAAUCCCACCCCCUCCACCUUCUGCAGUCCCAGCAGGACGCUUUCCUACUCCGUUUACUGCAGCCAUGAGUUCUGGACCAGCUGUUUCUUAUCCAGGUGCUCCGUAUCCUCCUCUCCCCCCUCGACCAGGAGUCCAGUCUGCGAGUCCGAUGCCACAGCCAGGAUACCCCUCGCAGUUUGUACCACAGUACCCUCCAGCUCUUCCCCAGAGACCUCCUCGCCUUCCACCUCCCCAUCCUGGCUUUAUCCUCCAGUGAAUAUUUGGGUGCGCCUGACUUACGUAUUGGUGCUUCUAUUUCCUUUUUGUCCCCAUCAGAGACUUGAUGCAGGCAAUGGAAAGCCUCUGCUUUUUGCACAAUGGAGUACAGGACCCGAGCUGUGGCGCAGAGGUUUGCAGUUGUGUUUGGUAAAUGUGAUCAGUUUUGGUUUUCAAAUGUCAGUGACAACUAAGGUUUGCUAGGAAGGGUGAUAGGAUCUAAAUCUUGUAAAUCCAUCAAAUUGUGAACCAACUUGCAGUGGAUUUGCUGACAUUACAAAUUACACCCCACUCUGAGUUCUUUAGUGGUGGUAAAUCAACAUCCUCUUGUGUUCUGGUGUAUUCCUCUCACAGCUGGAUGUCCGUGUGGCAAACUGGGAGCUAUUUGUCUCUCUAAAGAAUUCCCUCUCCCUGCUGCUGUUUGGAUAGUAACACCCAUAUCUGAAUGCUGGGCAAAGAGUUGCAAUGGGCCUCGUCAGCAUCCUUUGCAGCCUGCCCAGACAGUGGCACUCGUGGCCAGGUGCACAAAGUUUUCAGAGCUUGCUGAACUGAAACUCUUGUCAGAAAAUGUGGGAUGGUUUUUAGACAGUGAGCUACAAGAGUUUCAUUUCUACAUUUCAGUUCUUACCUUAGACUUUCCAUGGUGAAAAUACAUCCUCCUCCCACUUAAAAAUAACUUGGAAGUCCUGGUCCCUUGAAAUUAAACUAAACUGUUUGUGAAGCCAGUUUAGAGUUUUAUAGACACUUUACCAGGCAUUUUUAUUUCCUUGCCUCUGGAGACUUUCUUACUGUUGUGGGUUUUAUUUCUUUUCCACACCUUGGAUACAGAAGUGGGUUUUUUACACAGGUGCUUAGCUUUUGACACCAAGUGAUUCCAGGAAUCAAGGCAGGGUAUUUUCUUAAUCAAAUACUGGGUUUUCACAUCAUGUAAUUGACUGCUUGAAGCUCCUCAAUUUCAUUUUACCCCUCAAACUCAGUCUCUCACUUGGCACAACUGUUUUUAACGUUCCCAUUUCCUUUAGGUUUGCAGUUUUUGGCAUGUGUGUCUGUGUCUGGAAUUCACAGCUAACGUUUCUCUGCAAGCAGGCAAAACAGAAGAGGUUUUUGAACUCUGUGCUGGCUGUUUGCAUCUUACAUAAUCCAUUCUUGACUUUUAAUGCCAGUGGAGGGGGAAAGCUUUUUUAGGGGAUACUCAGAUUUCACAGUCAGUGUGACUCUUAACAGAGUAGACACACGCUGGUAUUUUAAGCUAGCAUUGGAGGAGGCAAAUCUUAACGCUUGUUGCUUGCCCAGAAUGUGUCCGUAAUUUCAUUAGCCGUUUCUCACAUCCACAAACAACUUGCAUUUAAUUCAGGAUCAUUUUAAGCAGCUCACAGUCCAGAAUGUGUCCUAGCCCCUGCAUUAUUGCAGAACAUUCUCCUAUCAUUGGCCUGGAAUGCAGGACAUUGUCUGGGAGUCUGCACUACCAACAGCGUCAGUCAAAAUAGAAUAUCUAUUUUUCUUUCAUUUACGUAAGGCCCUUGACUAUCCCUUAAUCAUUUCCUCUGGAGUGUGGUGGUUGCUAGCAAAUACUAAUCUGAAAUUAAGCUCAUAACAGGAAGCUCUGUCUUCUGAAAAUAUAGUUAUUUGGCUUGUUUUGCCUUCUGAAGACGAAGGGCAGAAGGUUGGUCACUGUUACUGGCAUCUGAACCAAUUCCCCAGUGUAAGUCUGGAAAGUUUCCAUAGAAGGGGAUUUUGUGCAUUGAUUUGUUUGUAAAGUGGGGGUUGUUUUGGGUUAUUUUUUUUCUGUAAUCUAGUGAUGGUACAGGAUGUGUUCUUUUUAAAGAAAAUAGUGUAAUAUCUUUUCUUGGUAUUAUUUUCUCACUGAAGCUUUGAGCAUGGUUAAUUCUGACUCGUUUCAAAGUAAUUUUGCUGUGCUAUUAGUGCUGGUAUUUGGAUGGCAACUUUUGUAUCUGAACACUCAACAUUCAGUCUGCUGUCAAAAUGAUUUGUGUCCUAGAAAGAAUUCCAGUGAGUGGGGGCUACUGGGGUGGUGACCAAGUAUAGAAAUCCCUACUUUGAGCCCACUAGGUGAAAAUCUCUUUAACAAGUCUCUCAAAUCGGUUUUGCUAACAUUGGAUAAAAACAACCAGGUAUCUUUUACACUUAUCAAGUGCCAACGUUUUUUUCCGAGGGCUGCAGAUCCUCAGAAGUGAUGGAGGUGACAGAUAAGUGUAUGGUGAAUUUGCACUGCCUUUUAUGUAUCUCACUUUAUUGGUAUUAGUCCAAAAACUAUUUUUACUACUUGUUAAAUUUUCUGUCUUUUGGUAACUUUUGUGAUGACAAAACCUUUCAGGGAUAUUUUGUCUUAGAAACAAACUCUUGUGCAAACUAAACACAAAGCUAAUGCAAUUUUUUUUCUGUCUGGAAGCAAAACAAUGCAUUCUUGCAUAUGGCUGAUGUGCCUUAGGAUCACUACUUGUGAUUGUAAUACUAGGAUAUUAGCAUUUCUCUCCUUUGAAUGGCCAUUGCUCAACUCUUAAGGGCUCUUUGAGAGCACUUUCUUUUACAGAAAAACUCACCCUUGUACUUCAGAAAAACAACAAAGGCUGUAUCUGCUAUUUGUAAGCUUCUAGUUGCCUUCACUGGUGGGUAAGUUUGAACACAGAUCAUGUAACUAAUGUGACUUUUCAGUUAGAGCAACCUCAUAACUGAAAUCCAGCUGCUCAUGGAAGAAAAACCACAUUUUGCCAUUAAAUGUGUGUGUGUGUGCGCACAAACUGUAAAUAUAUACUUGACUGCUGGUAAUGUUUAAGGGUAGGGGAGAAGGAUGACUGUGGAGAGCUGUCUGAAUCCUUUCAGAAGGUUACAAAACACUAACCUGAACAAAUCGGGCAAGAGAUGUGGCGGUGCUUUGGACCUGUUGCCCUCCAACAGCUUCUCCUGUUCUGUUAUAGCUAAUAAAUAAACUCUGCUAUGGCUAGGAUGUUUAGAAUCAUACUAAUUUGCACUGUUGAUAAGAUAGUGAGAUUAAAAUGCCAUAGGCAAGCUGAGAGUUGAAAGGAGGUGACUCUAUGCUUGCCAAAAAAAAAAGAUUAUAUAUAUAUUAUAAUGUUGUCUUGAGGAUUUUUAAUGUCUGCUGCAAAUAGCAUAUACUUCCCUAAGGCAAUUGGAGUGGAGGAGAACCUUUAAAUACGAUGUGUAACACGGCUUUUAGAGUGUUGGUAGCAUUGAAGAUGCUCUCUUGGGGUGGCAUUACUUCUGCCAGUUGUUUUGUAUGCAGUUUUGUAAGUUAUGACUAAUUCAAUUGUAUGUGGUUAGGUUGGUUGGUUGGUUGAUGAUCAGCAUUGAAUGGUUCUAACUCAAGGAUUCAUUUCAGUGCUGUCUCCUAGAGGAAGAGGAGUCAGUUGUUUGUGCACAGCUGAUCCACACAGGUCACCUCCACACCAGGGACCCUGGAGGGACUGUAGAGAAACCAAACCUUCCUGUGAUGCCCUGAGGCAGAGCCCUGGGCACAGUCUGGUCACGGGGAACCAUCACAUUUGGUGCCCCAACUUCCACAACCUCAGUCUCAACCUCUUUUGGGACUUCUCUGCCUUCUCAAACUGGAAUAAUGACUUUGAUACAAAGCUCAAAUCAACAAUUCCUUUAGCCUGAAUCUAGAGCUACCUGGCAAACCUUGAGUUCAGAGGAGGUAGAGACGUCCUGCACCUGAACAGUUCCUCUGUGUGAUCCUGGACAGUCUAAUAAAGGGGCAAUUUUAUAUGCCUAGCAAGUUGUGAAACGUACAGUGGAUUUGUUUGCAUAAGGAGUCUUUCUGUAAUCUACUGUGGUCUGAUUUUAAAUAAAAUAGCAUAUCUCUUGG